AUGUAUAACACAUGGAACCAAGUCAAGGUGAUGAUGUAUAACACACGGAACCUUGUCAAGGUGAUGAUGUAUAACACAUGGAACCAAGUCAAGGUGAUGAUGUAUAACACACGGAACCUUGUCAAGGUGAUGAUGUAUAACACAUGGAACCAAGUCAAGGUGAUGAUGUAUAACACACGGAACCAUGUCAAGGUGAUGAUGUAUUACACAUGGAACCUUGUCAAGGUGAUGAUGUAUAACACAUGGAACCUUUUCAGGGUGAUGAUGUAUAACACAUGGAACCUUGUCAAGGUGAUGAUGUAUUACACAUGGAACCUUGUCAAAGUGAUGAUGUAUUACACAUGGAACCUUGUCAAGGUGAUGAUGUAUAACACACGGAACCAUGUCAAGGUGAUGAUGUAUAACACAUGGAACCUUGUCAGGGUGAUGAUGUAUAACACAUGGAACCUUGUCAGGGUGAUGAUGUAUAACACACGGAACCUUGUCAAGGUGAUGAUGUAUAACACAUGGAACCUUGUCAAGGUGAUGAUGUAUUACACACGGAACCUUGUCAAGGUGUUGAUGUAUUACACAUGGAACCUUGUCAAGGUGAUGAUGUAUAACACACGGAACCAUGUCAGGGUGAUGAUGUAUAACACAUGGAACCUUGUCAAGGUGAUGAUGUAUUACACACGGAACCUUGUCAAGGUGUUGAUGUAUUACACAUGGAACCUUGUCAAGGUGAUGAUGUAUAACACACGGAACCAUGUCAGGGUGAUGAUGUAUAACACACGGAACCUUGUCAAGGUGAUGAUGUAUCAACUUACAAAAUCUCAUGAUGCUGAAGAAAACAUCUGGAGUUCUAUUGUCAUCAUGAUUGAAGUAUACUAA